CUUGGAGUCACCCUGAAUCAUCACGGAUUCUUCGUGCCCAUGGCGCCUCGUGCAGAUGACGUUCAGACAGUGGCUUCAGGUUUGUUGACGGCUGGUGUGUCGACUCUGUGUGAUAGCAAGUUGGGAAGAUAUGCCAUUGGCACUGCCUGCUUGGCUGCAGCAUACAACUUCCUUCUGACACCGAAGCAACAGAAGACCAAAGAGCACUUCGACAACCGGUCCAGCCGCUUCAAAGCACUGCAGCAGAAACACUUUCCUCCAGGAUUUCCUAAUACUUGGCAUGCGGUUUGCAAUGCAGCAGAUCUGACCGAUGGACAAGUGAAGAGUAUCAGCGCAUUGGGAACCGAACUGGUGGCCUUCCGGGGCGCUGACGGCAAGGCUGCAGUGCUGGAUGCCUUCUGUCCCCACAUGGGCGCACACUUGGGAUUUGGUGGCCAGGUGGUGGGCAACACUAUCCAGUGCCCCUUUCACGGCUGGUCCUUUGACGGAAGUGGAACAUGUCACCGGAUUCCGUACACCACCCGCUUGACGGAGGAAGUGAAAGAAGGUGCCAAAAUCAAAGCCUACGAGACGCGAGAACUCCUGGGGCGAAUCUUCAUUUGGUUUGAUGCUGAAGGACGACCACCACAGUGGGACUUGGCAGCGGGACUGGACUUGGAGGAAGCCGUGACGCGCGGUGAUUGUUACCCCGUGGCAAUGCGGUGCAGCAUCUUCCACCAGCACUGCUGUGAAAUGCACAUGAACAGUGCUGAUCCGUUCCAUUUUCAAACGCUGCACGCGCCACUGCCCAUUCCAGGACUAGGACGCUUCAUCAAAGGCAUUCAUCGGAUUCGCACCAUCUACGGCGAAGGGGAGAUUCGUGGCAAGGUGGAAAAGCAUCAGCAUUUGACGCUUUUUAAAGAGAAGACGAUGGGUCUCUACUUAUUUGGCAAGAAGCGAUGGCCGGUGCCUUUCUCCGCCACUGUGGCACAACUCAUUGACACCGUAGUCACCUUCGAGGGUCCCAAUAUGAUGCACUUCAAGUUGAUCACCCCCUUGGGGACCAUCCGACAAAUCAAGACCAUUCUGCCCAUUGAACCCUUCAAACAACAAGUGGAGAUGUAUUGGUAUGCUGAGAAGAGCGUUCCUCGGAUUAUCGCCUACUUGCUCAGCCUGAUAGGAAAAGUGGCCCUGGAACAGGACUUGGAGGUUUGGGAGAACAAACUCUACUGGAAAGAGCCCGUACUGGUGGAGGGCGAUGGCCCGUUCCAAGAGUUUUUUGAUUGGUACGGCCAAUUUUACUCGCAAAGUUCCUCACAGGUUGGUCGCCACCAACUGGAGUGGUAGUUUGGCCUUCUUCAGGACGACAUGGUACGACGGUGUGAGAACAAAUGCGUUCAACGAGUAUGGUUUAAUUGGUGAUGUGUUCAGAAGCAGGGAAAAGCU